CGGGCGCUGUGGGGGGGAUAUGGACUGUUCUAAAGUUGUCAUCUGCUGGGUAUCCUGUUUGCGCUCGGCGUCCGGUGUCUCGAAGAGAAGGAAAUGCGAGGAAGCAGCAACCCUGGGAGAAGCCUGUAAUCACUGAGCUCACUUUCGGGAGAGAGACCUCCGCCGCUUCUCGGACUGCGGGGGAAGCUUUCGUUUUCUCCCUCCAUUCCUACAUGCUACGCGUUUUAUCACAACAAACCUUAUUAUUCCUAUGGUUCAAGCUAUGAAAAUGAUCUAGACGCCGGUUAUAAAGUUAAGCAGGGACUCGGAUUAAUCUGGAGUGCAUGUGGAAUAUCAGGAUAUUCGCAAAGCAGUGAAACAUGGAGUCCGUGGAGGUGGAUCAGUCCUCAGCCUUCCCAGUGUGGAGGGAUGAGGAGGCGCCAGAGGAGGAGCCAGAGGAGGAGGCAGCUGAUGGUGAUGAAGGUGGGGGCCCGGUGGGCUGCUGUGAGAGGUUCCAGCACUCCAUCUCCCGGUGGAUGCUUCCUCCACAUGCACGCGACGUCUACCUGGAGCGAGCCAACUGCUGCCCCCCUCCCAUCUUCAUCAUCCUCGUCAGCAUAGGAGAGUUGGCUGUCUUCAUCUACUACGCCGUGUGGAAACCGCAGAAGCAGUGGGUGACGCUGGGGGAUGGGAUCUGGAACAGCCCCCUGACCUACAAACCCGACAAAAGGGAGCAGGCGUGGCGCUUCAUCUCCUAUAUGUUCGUGCAUGCGGGGGUGCAGCACAUCCUGGGGAACCUGCUGAUGCAGCUGCUGCUGGGCAUUCCCCUGGAGCUGGUGCACAAGGGCUUCGAGGUGGGCAUGGUGUACAUGAGCGGCGUCCUUGCAGGUUCUCUGGCGAGCUCCAUAUUUGAUCCCUUGAAUGCCCUGGUGGGGGCCUCGGGUGGAGUCUACGCCCUGAUGGGCGGCUACUUCAUGAACGCCAUAGUGAAUUUCAGGGAGAUGUUGCCCUUGCUGGGAAUCUUCCGCAUCGCGGCGAUCGUGCUCAUCGUGGGGACCGACAUGGGGUUUGCCCUCUACAGAAGGUUUCUGACUCAUGAUUCAGGUUACAAGGUCUCCUUCGUGGCCCACAUUGCUGGCGGCAUAGCGGGCAUGACCGUCGGCUACGUUUUCUUCAGCAGCUACAAUCAGAAGCUCCUCAGGGACCCUCGAUUCUGGAUGUGCAUCGUGGGAUACCUCCUCUUCAUCGUGUUUGCCGUGGCCUUCAACAUCUUCCUUUCCCCAGCGUAGGGCCAAGCAGCUAAAGUCAAAAGGCACGUUCAACGUGUGGUUAUGGACUGGUGAACGUGUCUUUUAGGAUACAGUCAAUCUUUGUAUGGGGAGCCAUCCCUUAAUUGUAUUUUGGGAUGUUUUUUUUCUGUAAAGGGAGAUUUUGAGAUCCUUUAGUCGUUGGUGUCAUUGCGCUUGAUGACACUGACGAUGAGGUAGGGCUGUAUCCUUUCCACUGUGUGGGAUGGCUUCCUGUUUAGCCCAAUUUCUGACCCGUUACAAAGCAGAACUCAGGUAAAUUAGCAGACAUAUCUCAGUCUCAGGUUAUAUCGCCCAUGAAUGGUUCUCCACAUUGCGAGUUCAGUCUUCAAACAGCGUAACUUUUGACUGUUACCAGAAAGAUAUGUUGUUUACUCUCAGGUCUUCUUGGAACAUUCCUGCCUUAUUUUAGAAAUGUUUUAUUCCUCUUAACCUAAACAAGUUGCCGUUUAUACUGCAGAAAUGACACAGUGUUUACAUGAGCUGAAGGACGUCUUUCCGCCCGCCGGUCGUUCUUUGGGACAGUCCCACGUCGUGCCUGUUUUGGAGUCACUACUGUGAACAUCUGCCAUUAUUCCUCGCUUUACUAAUUGUAUGAAAAUAACAACUUGCCAUUCUUUGUAUUGUUCAGAGUGGUGACUCAGGAAGCUCAGUUAGGGGUUGAAGCUGGUGUGGCCUUAAUGUGUUAGCAAGUCAUUCACUGCUCCAUUAGUAAGGUGCAUCUUCUCCUUAAACACCAGUGUCUGAUACGUUUCCAGCCCUUUUCCCAUCCCGGUGCUGAUGAGUUACCCUGAUGAGUUUUGGGGUGAGUUACUGUCGCCUGACUUGAAGGGGAACGAAGGGGAAUUGUGCUGGUGUUUUGGCCGGACUUGUGUUGUGACCGUUAAGGAGGUCAUCUUGCUCCAUUUAAAAUUUGUUGCAUGACCCUGUGUCCCACCGCAAAAGACCCUAAGGCAGAAGUGUUUGGGAGAGUGUGAUCACUAAUUGGGCAGGUCGUCACAUUGAGUCAUUUUUGUUUCAUUUUGUUUUUGCUUUAAUCAAAUUAGCUGGUAUUAAUUGGUAGUUUGAGAAAGGGCUGUGAUGUUUAGUUGGUAUUUUGUUGAUGACUAGUACUCAGUUUGAAGUAUAUUUUAUACUUUUCAUAUGCUUCAUAAUGUAUUCUGUAUUUUAUUGGUCCUGUAGAACAAUGAAAUAAAUGUUUUUUUUAUAAUUAUCUUAAACA